UCUGUUCUGUCGUUUCUGCCGAGACUGUCUGGUAGAGGGAGAGACGGAACCACAAAGGAACAGAGAGGGCUAGAGUCGCGACUGCGACGAGUGGGAGGCAGUUCACCGAGCCGUCCCGUUACAUUAUCUGCUGUUAGUCAGUCAGUCGUGCCAGUGAUCCGGACGCGGUAAAAACGAGAGAGACGACGACGUGGCCGUUCCGGAAAAGAUCGUUUCGAGACAACCGGUCACCGUGAAAAUCAUCCGCAGAGUGUUUUGUAUAAUCUCGUUAUCGUUCUCGUCGUCUUCCUCGAUCGUAAUUUCUUUUCUAAACUGUACCGAAUUAAUAAAUAUAUUCGAAAAUAAUAAGUAAAAUAUACUUAUCGCCAAACGUUGUUACCAAACGCUGUGAAACGUUUACUGCGUGUGUGCGAAAAGUGCGCGCGAAUAUUGGCUCGAUUAGCCGGCAGCCGAUCCAAAGAACGAGCUGAGUCCCCGAUCGAUUCGAUUUCUUAUUAGAUUCGUAGGAUCGGUAUUAUUUUUACUUGAACCAAAGAGGAAAAUAACAUAAGAAUUUUUAGUGGUAAAAAGUUCGAAGAAGAAAUUGUCGAUCGUCAUCGAUAUAUCAACUCGACGAUUCAUCGAUCACUCGUAUCGAAUAACAGCGAUGAAGUGAACGGAUAACGCGGCGGGACGUUCCGCGGUUCCCGACAGUCGUGGCAGUGAAAGUACGUCACCCGGAGCUGUCUCCGCUUAUUCGAGAUUCUUUCUAUCAGAGCGGGUUUCCUCGACAUCAAAGAGAUCGGGUGACGAUCAUGCUUCUCGCUUAACAUUUCGCAUACGUACACCGUAUACGAACAGUGACCGUGAUAAAAGUGUCCUCUGCUUCCUUCCGUUUCCGUUUCGUCUUCUUUUUUUUUUUUUUUUUGCCACUGAUUCAUUGACGAUUCAUCGACAUCUCGGUACCGCGGCCGGAAAGCGAAUCGACCAGGAUCGAUACCGAUCGAGAUAUAUCAUCACCAGUUGGCAACGAUGACCGUGAUUAUGGAGGAAACAAACACGUUUGUUACGUGGCCGUCCCGUCUGAAGAUUGGAGCAAAGUCGAAGAAAGAUCCGCAUAUAAAGGUCGCGGGUCGACCCGAUGACGUGCGAGCUGCAAAGGAAAAAAUAAUGGAAAUUUUAGAUACAAGGCAAAGCAACAGGGUAACCAUGAAGCUGGACGUUAGCUACACGGACCAUUCGCACAUCAUUGGGAAAGGUGGGCUAACGAUUAAACGGGUGAUGGAGGAGACUGGAUGCCAUAUCCAUUUUCCGGAUAGUAAUCGGAGCAAUCAUCAGGAGAAAAGCAAUCAGGUGUCCAUAGCUGGAGAAAUGGAGGGUGUCGAACGUGCCCGUGCUCGUGUCAGGAAUCUUACGCCUUUGAUCUUUUCGUUCGAAUUGCCAAUAAUGAGCUCGUCGCAAGCCUUACCGGAUUCCACGACACCCUAUCUGGUCAAAAUCCAAGAGAAGUAUAACGUUCAAGUGAUGUUCCGUACGAGACCGAAAUUACAUGCCACCUUGGUUGUGGUGAAGGGUUGUGAAUGGGAGGUAUCUCAAGUGAAAGAAGCGACCGUGCUUCUGAUCCACUACAUGUGCCAAAACUUAGCUAGUCAAAUACAAGUACAAAUAUCGAUGGAGAUUUCACCUCAACAUCACAGCAUCGUGUUGGGGAAACAGAGCAGUAAUUUGAAGAUGAUAAUGCAACGUACGGGCACACAGAUAAUGUUCCCAGACGCUGGUGAUCCAAAUAUCCCCAGCUUAAAGAAAAGCAACGUUACGAUCACAGGUGGCAUUCACAACGUUUACUUGGCCCGGCAACAGUUAGUGGGAUCUCUGCCUCUGGUCCUCAUGUUCGAUCUUCCCGAGGACUCGAUGUCCUCGGUCGAUACCGACAAUAUAUCUCAACUGAUGCAAUCCCUGGAUGUGUUCAUAAACGUGAGGCACAAACCGAAACAGAAUACACUCUCUGUGAUUAUAAAAGGGAUCGAACGUAACGCCAGCAACAUCUAUGAAGCGAGGAAACAGCUUUUGGGUUUGGACGAGCCCCGAGUUUAUGCAGAGAUACCGACUACUUAUUACAUCCCAAACGUUGGAAAUAUUUUUCAAGGAAACGGUUCCAGCAAUGGUUCCAGUCCUCCCAGCAGUCUGGUCAGCAGCCUCUCGGACAAUUUGUCGAACAUACUAACGAUAAAUACGCAGACUUCUCCUUAUUGCAUGUCACCUAUUUCUCAUUCGCCAAGUCCUCUGGGCUUGUCGCCUCAUUGGGGUUUACCACCGAUACCGUCCAUGUUUUCACCAUUGCCACUCCAUCACACUUACACGUAUCAGCAGCACCUUAAUCAUUUGCUGACAACGCAGCACGUGAUGCAUAACAACGCAAUACCUCCUCAUACUCAUGCACAACAGAAUCACGGUUUUUCCGGUAUCGCACAACUUCACUCGAACGUGCCUCCUGGCUUUCACAGUAUUCAUGGAUUGAACGGUAAUUCGUUGACAGACAGCAAGGAAGGUAGUGCAUACUCGUCGUUGAGCAGCAUGUCCAGUUCUCUAUCUAGUCCAGCUAUCAGUCCUCGUAACAUAUCUCCAGUUAAUCCAACGGAGAAUAGUCCUAAUAUAGAUUUAUCCAGCAUGUUAUCCGAUCUCACGGUACCCGAUCGUCGUGCACCGGGUUGCGAGAAGAAAUCGCUGGAAAUGGCUGUGCAACAAAAUCUUGUUCCUUUCGAUUACGAGCAGAAAAAGCUCUUGGCUACGAAAGCGAUACAAACGAAGCCGGCUACUAACGAUUAUCGCGUUCCUACUUCCGCUUGGUCUGGCUACGGUCUCAGUCAAACCAUUCCUCCUAUAAGUGCGACUGAUUUGAACAAGGAAUUGACCACCUCUCAUCCAUCCGAUCUGUGGAAGGAACCAACAUCGUCGGUAUUUAGCAGAGACAUUGACUUUGGAAUCAAUUCCGGCAAAGACCGUGUCGGUCAGAUCGGCAUAAAUUCAAACUACUUAGAGCAUACGCCUAGCGCGCACCUCAAGAAUAUCACGUCUAAUCGGUAUGACGACUUGACCAGCAUGCUGACUUCCGUUGGAUUGGAAAAAUACAUUCGCCUGUUCACAUCUCACGAAGUGGACAUGGCUACCUUUCCUUCGCUGACGGAAAAAGAUCUGUGCGAAAUUGGGAUAACCGCUUGGGGCGCGAGGCGUAAAAUAAUGCUGUUAAUCGCUGAAAUGAACAAGCGGACUAGUCCAUUCUGCGGUAGUGCUGCGCCUGGCGCGGAACGUAAAACGACCACAUCUACGACCUCGUCGUCAAUGGAGAAGUGUAAUCUGGAUACCAAAUGGUAGCAAAGACGAAGAAUUGUUACGAAUCUCGCAAGAGUUCGUGAAGACGAAAUCGGACAGGACCGCGUUGUACUUAAAAAGUUCGCAUCACAGAUCCGAUCCUUGGAACGAUAAUCGAGAUUGAGAAAUCGAAAAUCACGCGGGCCAUUUCGCCGACUCGACAGUAGGAUCAAAGUGGUAUAAUUGGUAUGUUAAUUUGCGAUUCUAGGCACCGAAAGAAUAGGCGGUUGAUUCUUUUUGUGGUCGAGGAUCCAUUUUUUUUUUAUUAUUAUUAUUAUUUUUUUUUUUUUUUUUUUUUUUUUUCCCCUCCAUAGAAUCCUCGAUUCACGCGGUCAGAAGGUGUCUUAGGUUAAGGAACUCGUUGCUACUUUCGUUUCGUUAGCUUUUUUUUUAUGUUAUGCUAAUGGUCUUUCUAUCGUGGUCGCGCGAUAUAUAUUCGACGAAUCGAUGAUUUUUUUCGUAUCGUAUUUUUUUUGUAAACGGAGCGUGGAACGCGAUGCUCCGACUUGUUGUGUCGUUUCGACGCGUUGUAUCGUAUGUGUUUUUGUGUAAAACGGUGAAAAGUUCGUGAUACGACUGAAUGAUAGGCGUACGGUAUGAAUUAGUGAUAACGGUUAAAUUAGUACAACGAAGUGCGUAAAAAAAAAAAAAAAAAAAAAAGAAAAAAAGAAAAAAAAAGAAAAAGAAAAAAAGUAAGACUUCGAAACUAUUGUUUACGCGCGAUGGGCGAGGGAUGUCCCGUACGUUCGGCGGUCUUUCGCUUUAAGUAAUGUUAAAAUAUUUAAUCUCGACUAAGCUCGAAAUUCGGCAAAACGCGGAGUGUAAGCAGCUUUCCUCGCAGCAGCCGCGUUUUCGAGUUUUACAUUGUAAUAAAGUAUUUAUUAUUCACUCGCGAAAGACGACGAAUGCACGUCGAGUUAUUGCAAAUGAUUCUUCCACGAAGCGAAUCGAAGGAGGCGGUUAACGAAACGUCUGGGGAAUAUUUCGAAUCGAGUAUCUUUAAUAUAUAGAGAAAAGUUUUUCUUUGAAAUAUCAAAAAUAUCCUGAUUCGAGUUUAAUUGUAACAUUAAUUUAUAUAAAAUUUGCCUGCCGAACAAAUUUGCAGCUAAAUAAUCUUCGAUAAUCGGUCGUCGUAAUUUCUUUUCUCUUUCUUCUUUUAUUUAUUUUUUUUUUCUUUUUUCCUUUCCUAGCAUGUACGUACUCGAUAAAUAUUCGAGGAACGAUAUUUUUUGUCGCAUAAAGCUGCAUAUUCAUGUUCUGGUUCAUAUAUUAUUACGUCAUUAUACAAUAAUUAUUUUACGAAGAUAAAAUUAUUCGCUCUACGUAAAUUAUUAAUAUUUUAUAUCUUUUUUUUCUGUCAAUAUAUGAACUGUUCGGCUAUGAAUUCGUUCUUUGCUCAUCACAAAAAUGUAGGAAUAUCCACUCGCAAUUUAGGUAAUCGAUUUGUCGAUGGCGGCCAGCGAUAAAAGUUACAUCUUGUUUGUCGAAUAACUGGAUACAUCGCCUCAGCAAAAUUUAUCGAGAAAGAGCAAUUUUACCGUUAAAAGUUUUUGACUGAGUCUAUUGUGAAUAAAAAUUCACAAUAAGAAUUCACAAUUAUUUAAGCAUAAAUUAUUUUCUUUUGGUAUUUUUUUAUGCUUGAAAAUUAUCGAAAUAUUAGAAAAGAAAUAGACGUUACGUGUUCUUCAUUCGUGCAAAUAUAUAUGCGCAUGCGCGUGUAAGUGAGACUGUGUCCAAUCGUCGUUCUCGUUUCUAAUGUAUGUAUUGUAAACUGUUUCAUUGAUAAACGAAAACACAUUCGGUCCAAAUUCGAUUUUCCUUGUCCGAUCGUUAUAAUGAUCGAAUAAUGAAAAUUGCAAUUUGUUAUGCCUUCGUAACGAAGAAUUAUCGUUUUUGUUUUUGCGAUAGCGAUGAAACGUGAUAGAGCGUUUGAUCGUAACAUCGAUCGUCGUUUCUCAGAGAAAACUUGAUCGAUGAUCCAAAAUUUAUUGGCGCGAGUUUAUAAUUGUUUUCUUUGUAUUUUUUUUUUUUUCAUUUUGUUUUUCGAAAUUCUUAAAAUCGAUCGAUCAAUGCUAUUUCUCAAAUAAAUGCGUUAAACUAUUCGUCGAUGUUCCUAUCUACAGAAAAAAAAGUUAUAUAAUGUAUAUAUGUAUAUUUACACACACGCAUACACACAUAUGUAUGGACGUACGUAUGUAUGUAUGGGAAUUGAUUUUGAUUUUGCGCGAUUCAGCCGGUUAAUUAAUUGUCGCGAAAAAUUAGAAUUAAAAAGAAAGAAAAGAAGAAAAAGAAGAAAAGAUGAAAAAAAAGGAAACGAUGAUAGGUAAUAGGCGACAAUGAAAUGUACAAUACCUAACAUUCGGACAUUGCGAUGCAAGCCAAUGGUUCAUCCUGUUUCCUGUCAUCUUUAAAAAUGGCAAUUUUCUUGACGUAUCACUCUUUCUCUUUCUCUCUUUCUCGAUCUAUCUCGUACGCUUGGAAACUUGGAAAACAUUUUCUUUAAAUUGACAUUUUCUUUAAUUUUUUUUUUCUUUUAUUUUUCUCUUUUCUAUGCAUACGAACGAAAAAAAAAACAAAGUGAAACGAAGAAGAAGAAGAGAGAACGAAAGAUGUAUAUAAUGUAAAAAAAAAAUUGAACAGGAUCACUCGACUGACCGAACAUGCCUUUCUGGAGCAUGCUUCUACGCGCAGAAUAAUAAUAAAUAUUGUCGAUAUAUUACCGAAGAUGGUGCAUUUGCGACGCGUAAUAUAUUGAUAAGAUGCGUUGUUUUGUAAAAAAUAUAUGUAUAUGUAUAUAUAUAUAUAUAUUUAUAUAUCUAUCGUGAUGGCAAUUUGAUCAUGCACCGUCAUAUUUUUUUCACAAUCCGCAUUGAAACGAUAAAAACAAUGAAAUAUGAUUCAAAGGAAUCGUGUUAUCGGAAGGUAACGAAUAAAACGGAAUGCAACGUUCCGACUCGUUUCGUAACGUUACGCGUUUUAUCUCGUAUACUUUGUCGAUGCGAUCUCGUAUUUCUUUCGACCAAAAAAAGAAAGAAUAAUACGUUUGUCUAACAAUGUGAUUUGAUGUAGCUUUCAUUAGUGCCUAUAAAAAAAGUCAAGAGAUACUACGAUUUAACAGAGACUUAGUAUUAGCGGGAUGCGGUAGAAUUAUUUAUAUCUAUGUAAAUAUCUCAGGUCGUACAAGAUAAAAUCGCGCUCGAGAUUUUUUUUUAAAUCGACGAAAUAAUGAAAUAGGCGUGGCUAUAGCAUCCCUUGAUACGUGCAAUUUAAUAAAUUUUUUGAAUCGUUGGAACGGCGAUCGCAUGCUCGCAAAACGCACGUAUUA